CUCAGUUAAUAAGUACUUAGAGUAUGAGGUGAUGGGUCAUGCUCCAUGAGAGUUUUUAGUGGAACAGUUUGCAAGCAUCACGUUUUUCAUGCCAAAAUCUAACGUACUUCCGCCAACCCAGCUUUUAAAACCCUAAUCUCAUCCAUCCCUCCCUUUAUAUAUAUCUCCCUCAAACCCUUCAUUUUUCUCCCUUAAACCCAACAAUUUUAUCAUCCUCCAUCUUUAAACCUCAAAAACCCAUAAAAAUGGAUCCUCAAAAGGUAAAAUCCGACCUAGUCUUAAUCCUAGACUUCGGGUCUCAAUACACACACCUGAUAACCCGAAGAAUCCGGUCACUUUCCGUUUUUUCUCUCUGCAUUUCGGGCACAUCAUCACUGAAAACCAUCACCGACUUGAACCCACGUGUAAUCAUCCUUUCUGGUGGUCCCCACAGUGUUCACGCACCUGAUGCGCCGGUAUUCUGUGAUGGGUUUAUCGAUUAUGUGGAAAGCGAAGGCAUUCAUGUAUUGGGUAUAUGUUAUGGAUUACAAUUGAUUGUUCAAAAGCUUGGUGGGUUAGUGAAAAUUGGUGAAAAACAAGAGUAUGGGAAGAUGAAUAUUGAAGUUAUUUCAGAUGAAAGUAAAUUAUUUGGAAAUAGUAUUAAAGGGGAUAAACAAGAUGUUUGGAUGAGUCAUGGUGAUGAAGUUUCAAAACUUCCUGACGGGUUUAAAGUUGUUGCUGUCAGUCAACAAGGUGCUGUUGCUGCUAUUGAGAAUCCUGCAAGAAGGUUUUAUGGGCUCCAGUAUCAUCCUGAGGUUACACAUUCUCCUCAAGGGAUGGAGACAUUGCGGUCUUUCCUCUUUGACGCUUGCGGGAUCAAUGCAGACUGGAAGAUGGAGGAUGUAUUAAAUGAAGAAAUCAAGGUUAUUAGGGAAACUGUCGGCCAUGAUGAUCAUGUCAUUUGUGCUUUAUCUGGCGGUGUAGAUUCUACUGUUGCUGCUACCCUUGUUCAUAAGGCGAUUGGGGAUAGACUUCAUUGUAUUUUUGUGGACAACGGCUUGCUGAGGUAUAAGGAGAGAGAGCGUGUGAUGGAUACCUUUGAGAAAAAUCUCCAUCUCCCUGUUACUUGUGUUGAUGCAUCAGAGCAAUUUCUUAGACAUUUGAAGGGUGUUGCGGAUCCUGAGAAGAAAAGGAAGAUUAUCGGGAGGGAAUUCAUUUGUAUUUUUGAUGAUUUUGCUCAAGAGUUGGAAAAAAAAUUGGGGAAGAAACCUGCUUACUUGGUUCAAGGAACAUUAUAUCCCGAUGUUAUUGAAUCCUGUCCACCCCCUGGCAGUGGAAGGAAUCACUCCCACACCAUUAAGAGUCAUCAUAAUGUUGGUGGCCUUCCUAAGGACAUGAAGCUCAAGCUCAUUGAACCUCUAAAGCUUUUGUUUAAGGACGAGGUACGUGAAUUAGGGAAGAUAUUGUACAUUCCCGAGGGGUUUUUGAAGCGUCAUCCUUUCCCAGGACCAGGGCUCGCUGUGCGUGUUCUCGGUGAUGUUACAGAAGGAAAUCAUUUGGAGAUUCUUCGACAGGUUGAUGAAAUAUUCAUCCAAUCAAUUAAAGAAGCUGGACUUUACGAUGAAAUUUGGCAAGCCUUUGCGGUUUUCUUGGGAAUUUUAUCCGUAGGAGUUCAAGGUGACCAAAGAACACAUUCUCAUGUCGUAAGCCUAAGAGCUGUUACAAGUAGAGACGGAAUGACAGCAGAUUGGUAUCGUUUUGAUUCAGAAUUUCUAGAUCAGGUAUCCCGUAGAAUCACCAACAACGUUCGGGGUGUGAACAGAGUUACUCUCGACAUAACAUCAAAGCCUCCUUCAACAAUAGAGUGGGAAUGAUACGGAUGAGUCCUAUACGACCUUACCUUAAUAUUUUCUCUUUAAAAGAAACACUUUUCAUUUAUUCUAUUGUUGAUCAUUCAUUAUUAAACUUUAUGCAAUUUUCUUAACUUCGGUCUGAUUCGGUGUUCAAGUACGAGUUAUCUUUGUGGCUAUAUUCCUUAACCCGAUUCCAAAUUUUUGGACUCGUGGGAAAAAAAAUUCAACAUUCAGUGUACCAUUUUAAUUUUUUUCAUUAAUAGGUAGUUUUUUUAAGUUGCAAUAUAUAGUUUUCUAAUAAUGUCGUCGAUAUGUUGGAGGUGGAGUGGUGAGACUUCGUAGAUGAGUUUGACGACUCAGUUUGGUUCAAAGCCGGCUCUUAAGCAGUCAAGUUUAUGACAUUGUGCACAAGACUCGUAGUUCUAUGAUUGAAAUCGAUGCUCCCUCAUCCUGAAGAGAAGAUUAGAGAAGGGAAAUUUUGGAAGUCAGUUCGUGAAUAAAAGUUCAUCUGUCCUCAGCGCCCUUGCGCACAGAUAUUGGAUCUGAUUCAUGGAAGCUUUAGACAUCUAGUAAUCUAUUAAGUUUUUUAGUUUUAUUUAUUUAUUUUUUAAUUAAAUUCAAUAACAUUGAAAUAAACUUAUGUUAGUUUCGGUCUACCAAUAGACUAUAUGUUUUUAGGCCAAAUGGCUCUAGUAGGUUACCGGGUUAGUGGCUUUCGACUUCCCAGAAACCGGGGUAUUAUCGUGGACUUGAUUUACGCUGAUCAACCUGCUUCCUGCACCUGCAUGCCUAUUCGGGUUUAG